AUGGAAGCAUGGUCCGACCCCAAGUCUCCAAUGUGGAUUAGUUUUUCAAACGUAGUUGGACUAUCGAUAAUUGGCUUGGGAACGAUUAAUGGUGGUGGUUCGCCCUUUUGGGAGGCAUUACAUAUUAACAAAUGUGAUAACCUCAAGAUAAACGGGAUAACCUCGAUCGAUAGUCCAAGACACCAUAUAUCAAUCAAUUCAUGCAAUGGUGCUGCAAUAUCGCAAAUAAAUCUCUUUGCACCCGAGGACAGUCCCAACACCGAUGGGAUUGAUCUAAGGGACGAUUGCAUAGCAAUCAACACAGGAAGUAUCAAUAUCAACAUCACAAAUAUUAACUGUGGACCUGGUCAUGGAAUAAGUGUGGGAAGCCUAGGAGCUAAUGGAGAAACAGCGACAGUUAGUAAUGUUCAAGUGACUCACUGCACUUUCAAUCAGACGUUGAAUGGAGCUAGGAUCAAGACAUGGCCGGGUGGACAAGGAUAUGCAAGAAACAUAAGUUUUGAGGACAUCACACUCAUAAACUCAAAAAAUCCAAUUGUAAUCGACCAGAAUUAUAGAGACAAAGGACUUCUUGAUGGCACAGAGGCCAUCGUCAAAUUCUGUAUUUCGAUCUUGAUAAGUUUCCUCUGUUUUGCUCUUGUAAACGGUCAAAACUACAACGUACUCAAUUUUGGUGCUAAAGGAGAUGGUCAAACUGAUGAUUCAAAGGCGUUUGUGAAAACGUGGAGCGCUGCAUGUGGCGGGGGAGAAGAUAUAAAAACACUUCUUAUUCCUGCUGGCAAAACCUUUUUACUCCAACCUAUCGUGUUCCAAGGACCAUGUAGAUCUAAAUCUAUUAAAGUUCAGUUGGAUGGCAUAAUUGUCGCACCUAGCAACAAAGAAGCAUGGUCCAAUCUCAAAUCUCAAAGGUGGAUCGGUUUUUCCACUGUGUCUGGUCUAACAAUCGUUGGUUCAGGAACGAUUAAUGGGCGUGCAAAAGUUGAAAGCUUCUCAACGACCUACAGUGAGUAUUUCUACUAUGUUUACUAUGUUCUAUUGAUGAAAACUGCACGUGGUGGAGAUGAUUGUAUAGCAAUCAACACCGGAAAUUUCAAUAUCAACAUAACAAGGAUUAAUUGUGGACCUGGUCAUGGAAUAAGUGUGGGAAGUCUAGGAGCCGAUGGAGAAAAGGCUGCAGUUAGUAAUGUUCAAGUGACUAACUGCACUUUCAAUCAGACGACGAAUGGAGCUAGAAUCAAGACAUGGCCGGGUGGAGCAGGAUAUGCAAGAAACAUACGUUUUGAAAACAUCACACUCAUUGACGUCAAAAAUCCAAUUAUAAUCAACCAACAAUAUAUAGACAAAAGGCGUCUUAACGAUGCAGAGGAUUCAGCGGUGGCGAUUAGUAAUGUAAUAUUUGUCGGCUUCCAUGGAACGACGUCGAGUAAAGAUGCUAUAACGCUUGACUGUAGUGAAACCACACGUUGUGAAGGCGUCGUUAUAGAUGGAAUCAAUAUUACGAUGGCGGAUGGAGAAAAACCUAAAUUUGCUUGCAACAAUGUUGAUGGAAACUCUGACGACACUAGCUUGAUGCGUGGUUGUUUUAAAAAUGUUUAA